GUCCCAUUAAAGAAUUUUCAAGAAUCAUGCCCAUAAUACAAUGGCCAUUACCAAGAUCACUAUUUUUUGCCAAAAUUUUGUUGUUUCAAAAUUAUUGAAAAAGUUACAAGAAUGCAUACAAAGUCCAGCCAUUUGGACCCCUACCAAUCCCUCCCAUCUAUAAAUACUGGCCUUCUCCUCAUCAAGGCAUCAAACCACCUUAAAGAAAAAAACAAACAUAUUUUUCCUCAGCAUUUUCCCACUCUUACAAUGGCUCCAGCUCCAAUCUCAGGCAUCAAAGUAGGCCACAUAGAUGAUGUUCAAGAGCUAAGAAGAGGUGGGAAAUCCUCACACAUCCCUGCAAGAUUCAUCCGCGACACCACGGAGAGGCCGGCCCUAGACAAGGCCAUCUUCUGCUCAGACACCAUCCCUGUCAUUGAUCUCUCAAAACUCCACAAAGGAAGCAGUGAUGAAAUGCACAAGCUCAUGAGCUCUUGUCAAGAAUGGGGAUUCUUUCAGGUUGUGAAUCAUGGGGUUGAUGUGGAGUUGGUUGAGGGGAUAGAGAGAGUGGCUAUGGAGUUCUUCAAGAUGCCUUUGGAGGAGAAGCAGAAGUAUCCCAUGAAUCCUGGUACUGUACAAGGUUAUGGUCAGGCCUUCAUCUUCUCUGAAGAUCAGAAAUUGGAUUGGUGCAACAUGUUUGCACUUGGUGUUAUACCAGACUACAUUAGGAAUCCAAAGCUCUGGCCAUCUAAACCAGCAGAUUUCAGUGAGACUGUUGACACAUACUCAACACAAAUAAGGUUACUGUGCAAGAAUCUGCUGAAACACAUAGCCACAACACUUGCACUAAAAGAGGAUGUUUUUGAGGAGAUGUUUGGUGUGGCUGUGCAAGCAGUGAGGAUGAACUACUACCCGGCUUGCCCGAGGCCGGACCUCGUCUUAGGGCUAAGCCCGCACUCCGAUGGUAGUGCCCUCACAGUUUUGCAACAGGCGAAGGGCAGCUCAGUUGGUCUCCAAAUACUGAAAGAUGGUAAAUGGAUAUCAAUUCAGCCCAUCCCAAAUGCUCUAGUCAUCAACAUUGGAGAUACAAUUGAGGUUUUGACUAAUGGGAGAUACAAGAGUGUGGAGCAUAGAGCAGUGACUCACAAGGAGAAGGAUAGGUUAUCUAUAGUGACAUUUUAUGCUCCGAGCUACGAUAUCGAGCUCGGUCCAUUGCACGAGUUUGUAGAUGAGAAUAAUCCUUGCAAGUAUAGGACAUACAACCAUGGAGAGUAUAGCAAACACUAUGUUACUAACAAGCUGCAGGGGAAGAAGGGGUUGGAAUUUGCUAAGAUUGUCAACUAAUUAAGUUGUUGUUUUUUUUUUUUUUUUUUUUUUCAUGUGUUGAAGUUGUGAAGAAUGUUUUAGGACUUGUGAAUAUGAUGUUGUUGAUGUAAUAGACAUGUCCAGUUCUAUUGUGUUCUGAUGUUCAAGUCAAGGUUUUUAUUUAUUUUUAUUUGGAAUUUGGUUGAUAUAUAUAAAUAAUUUUUUGGGGUUA